AUGGCUGACUCUCUGGACGCCUCUCUCCGCCGCUCGCUGGUUUUGGCGUUGGACGUUUUGGAGCGAGCUUCUGAACGCAGAGUGGACUGGAGCCAGACCAGUCUACAGUCCAGACCAGGGACCACAGACUAUACCGGACCACGGUCCAGACCAGGGACCACAGACUGUACCCGGGUCCAACCCAUAGACUCGUCAUCCCAGAGAGAACAGAGUUUCCACAUGUCUCUCUCCGCUCUGUCGCACUCGGAGCAGUCGCAUGUCUGCAGGUUUCACUCCUCCAUGGCUCCACCUACACCACCAUUGACUACGCCCACCUCGCCCAUGGCCCCGCUCCCUUCCCAUCAGCCCUCGCCCCCCUCCUUAACAGACGCUCCGGACUUCCAGGUUCUGGUCCGGCCUGGCUUGUACUCCAUCACCGCCUCCCACCACCGGUCACCACGGCAACAUUCUCGGCAGGUCUCCCUCAGUCAUGGGGAGAGCGCCCUCUUGAGGUUUGAGCUGUGA